UGCGUUCAUUUCAUUCCUGCUCUUCAUUCCGCGCAUACUUCGCAUCCUUGGAGAGACUGCGGCGCAUUUAACGCACUCAGCGCGUAACGAGGAGGUUUCGCCAACGGAAAAAAAAAAGAAAAUACUCCAAACACGACAGGCGCGUGCUGGAGUUUGCGGCGGCGGCUUCGCAGGAAAAAAAACACGUGGAUUCGUGGGAGGAAAAGUGUGGGAAUUAAUCCAUUUAAUAAAGAGGCGCACGAAGCAGCGAGGGUUCCCUGCUGCUUGGCGCUGGAUGUCCAAACACCUUCCGGACUUUUCUGCAGUCAGACGACAAAUUUGCUGUGUCGUCAUUGGUAGCUAGCAUUUUAAGUCACUGCUGUUGAAGCACCAGUUAGCAUUAGCAUUAUACUUAUAUUAGCCGACAUCUGGCUGCUCAAACUGGAAGAUUAUUAUUAUAAUUAUUAUUAUUAUUAUUUUUACUGGUAAUAACUUUAAUUGAGUAGCUUUUUUUUAGCAUUUGUGCUCCAUACACGAGUUGGCUAGUUAGCGUUAGCUGCCAGGAUGGAUCGCAGCAGCUGGAGCGGCAGCGAGAGUGCCGGCGAGGACAUGGACAGAAUGAGUGACUCGGGAGGUGACAAAACCAUGGACGGGGACCCCGAGGGCGUCUGGAGCCCCGACAUCGAGCAGAGCUUCCAGGAGGCCCUGGCCAUUUACCCGCCGUGUGGACGGAGGAAGAUUAUACUGUCGGACGAGGGGAAGAUGUACGGUCGAAAUGAGCUGAUAGCCAGAUACAUCAAGCUCCGAACAGGAAAGACGCGUACGAGGAAACAGGUCUCCAGUCAUAUUCAGGUCUUAGCCAGAAGAAAAUCCAGGGAAUUUCAGUCUAAACUAAAGGACCAGAGCGCCAAGGAGAAAGCUCUGCAGAGCAUCUCCUCCAUGUCCUCGGCUCAGAUCGUCUCAGCCACCGCCAUCCACAGCAAACUGCUGCCGGGAAUAGUACGAGCCAGCUUCCCUGGUAACGCACAGCUGUGGCAGGGGAUGAUUCCUGGGGGACAGUCCAGCUCCACCACAGAAGAUAUCAAGCCGUUCUCUCAGCAAGGCUACAAUGUGCAGACAGCAGGGACCACCACAAUCUCAGGCUAUGAGCCUCCUACUACGGCCCAAACACACCGAGAGCCGGCGUGGCAGGGUCGCUCUAUCGGCACCACCAAACUACGACUGGUGGAGUUUUCGUCUUUCCUGGAGACACAGAGGGACCAAGAGGCAUACAACAAGCACCUGUUUGUCCACAUCAAUCAGAGCAGUCCGAGCUACAGUGACCCUCUGCUGGAGUGUGUGGACAUCAGGCAGAUCUACGACAAGUUCCCCGAGAAGAAGGGCGGUCUGAAGGAGCUGUUCAGUAAAGGUCCGCAGAACGCGUUCUACCUAAUCAAGUUCUGGGCGGACCUGAACUACAACGUGCAGGAUGACCCUGCGGCCUUCUACGGCGUGAGCAGUCAGUACGAGAGCUCGGAGAACAUGACCAUCACCUGCUCCACCAAGGUCUGCUCCUUCGGCAAGCAGGUGGUCGAGAAGGUGGAGACGGAGUACGCAAGGUUUGAAAACGGGCGUUUCGUUUACAGAAUCAGCCGCUCGCCGAUGUGUGAAUACAUGAUCAACUUCAUCCACAAGCUCAAGCAUCUGCCGGAGAAAUACAUGAUGAACAGUGUGCUGGAGAAUUUCACUAUUCUGCUGGUGGUGAGCAACAGAGACACUCAGGAGACCUUGCUGUGUAUGGCGUGUGUGUUUGAGGUGUCCAACAACGAGCACGGAGCACAGCACCACAUCUAUCGACUUGUCAAGGAUUAACACACACACACACACAUACUAUAUAAAUAUAUAUAUACAGCAUACA